UUGAUCGAAAUAGUCCAAUCUAUCCAACAAGGCUGCUGAUAUUGAAGUCACCACUGACUUUGGUAUAACAGUCCACGAAUGAUACGAACAUGGCACCACAUUAUACCAUCUGCAAAGGAAACGACCAUAUUUUCUGCUUACACUUUCCUCCAACCCGCACCCGCUGGGGUCUCUGUCAUUUUUCCUUAUAGUCGUCAGGUAUUCCAAUACCCCCGCAGGGGACUCUUUCAUUUUUCCUUCUAGUCUUCAGAUAUUCCAAUACCCGUAAAACUUACUUUACUUGCCAUUUCCCCACUUAAUCAGUUCUUUGCCCCUUUUCUUCCAUUAUCCGUCUGGGUUUUUUUCUACAAGUGAUGAGACUGAAAAUAGUGCAUCAAAAUCAACAAAAUCGUGUUGGUGAUGAUCGAGAGAUGAAAAAGGAGGAAGAAAUGGAGCAUACCCAUGUGUGUAUUAGGCUAGAGGAGGAGUCCACGAAGGAGAAUUCUUCCCCUCUGAACCCUUCACCCAUUUCUGUAACUGACCCUGUUCUUGCUUCUGGUAAAAGGAAGAGGAAACCAAAGGAGAUAAAUGAUGAGAUGUCGCCCAUUCUAAGGCGGAGGAAGAAGCCCUCCACGUCCAAAUCCAAAGAUGCGAAACGAGAUAGUUCUGGGACAUUGAUAAGUAAUGGACAUUCCACUAAUGAUGGGUCAAGCAGUGCAGUGACUCCAGUCCAAGUGAAAUCACCGACUAUGAUUCGAGCAGAGGAGUUUCAAUCGAGUUUAGGGAAUGAACACCCUAACUUUUUGAAGACACUAGUUAGAUCACAUGUUGCAAGUUGUUUUUGGAUGGGCCUUCCUAUGCCAUUCUGCAAGUUAUUUUUGCCAACUAAGGACACUACAGUUACUAUUGAGGAUGAAAACGGUGAAGAAUUUGGAGUUAAGUACAUUGCAAACAAGACAGGACUAAGUGCUGGAUGGAGGAAGUUUGUUUCUGGAAAUAAAUUGCUUGAAGGAGACGUUCUGAUCUUUCAGCUGGUUGAACCGUGCAGAUUUAAGGUGUAUAUAAUCAGGGCAAACAAUUUAACUGAAGUAGAUGGUGCUCUUAGCCUUCUAAUACUGGACUCUCAAACUAAACAAAGUGAGGCAGCUGAGGGAACAGCAGAUGUAAAAAUCAGAAAGCGUCGUCCAAAAUCUCUACCUUUGACAGUUGUGCAGAAAAAGAAACAAAAGGCAGGUAAAUCUGGGCAGCCUGAGGAACAGUCUGGAAUCGAUAGUGACGAGGUUGCCUCUGAAGUUUUUGGGGGUUCAAAGUGUUCUGGAUCCUCCAUACAUUUUAAAGACGUUAAAAGCUUCGAAGAAUUCCACAUUGUGGUGAAUGGGGUAUGCAUUGACUCCGAACUUCCUGAACCUGUAAGGCGAAAGUACUACGAGCUGUGCUGCAGUAAGAAUGCUUUUCUUCACGAAGGACUUCUCCCGGGCCUCUACUGUAAGUUAGUAGCUGGUAUGAUUUUCGAAGUUGUCAACACUGCCGAUGCUAUAAAAGCUUGCAAACUAACAACUCCUCGGUCGGAUUUUGAAGUAUGGGAAAAGUCGCUUAGGUCUUUUGAACUUUUGGGGCUGAAUGUUGGAUUUUUGUGGACACGUCUAGGUAAACUGCUGAAGUUGGCAUUCGAUUCUGAAGGUGCUGUAGAUGCAAAAAAAUACUGGAAGGCUAAAACUGAGCGAGCUCGAACCGAAGAUGAGAUCAGAGAUCUUGAAGCGAAGCUUGUUGAAUUGAAAGAAGUAUCCGUGAAAUUCGAUGCUGAAAUCGAGAGUUUGAAAUCAAAGGCGGAGAGAUACGAACUUGUGUUCCAAGAAGAGGUAAACGCUCCAUGGUAGUUUUCUCGACAAAUAUAUAGCUAGUUAUUCUGUUAGUAUUUCAAUCGAAAUCAUGCCUAGGAAAAAAGGAGCAGAGUAUUCCUUAGCUCUUUUCUUGAUUUUGGAAGAAUUUUCAUUACAUUUUGAAACUUAAAGUGAAGAUGACUGAUUUCUGUUAAUGAACGUUUUGAUUGUUCUAAAGUUGGACUUUGUGUUAUUUAAUUCA